GCCCUCUUCGGUCCUCCCUCCGUCAUGGCAUGUUCUUUGUUUCUUUUGUCUCUCUCUGUCUAUAAAAGAGCUUUCUCUCUCUUUCUGGCAAAAAAGUUUAAACGGUAACCAGUGCCUCUGUUUCUCUACAAAUGCAAAUGGCGAUCGGGAUUCAAUGGUAAUUGUGCUUGAACUGGCGGUAAUUCUUUAUUAGGGGUUUAAUCUCUCUUCCCCUGAACCUUCAUUAAGGAACUAUAUUCUAAUCUUCAGGUAAUUUAGCUGGCUUGCGAGAGGAGAAUUUUUGAAAAGCAUGAAUUGCCUUACAUUCAGUUUAGUUGACCUUGAUAACUAUUAAUGCUACAUAUUUACUCCUGCCAACUAACUGCCAGGGAAAAGGGACCAUGAGUCUGUCAAUCAACAAUGACACAGUUUUCUGUCUGCUUGGAUUCCUGCAUGUAGAUUAUCUAGUUCAAGUCUUUUGAUGUCAGCUCGAUGCGGUUUAUAAAUGACCAGGUGAUUAAUAUGAUUUGAAUUGUGAUUCGUGGGGUAAAUUGACUAACAUGCGAGCAACUCUGCUUCGAUCUUUCUAUUCUCAAGUAUGGCCCCUCGACUUCGCUCGACCUCAAAAAGAGCGCCUCGCAGGUUUAUUUUUAUUGUACUCCUAAUACUUGUACCAAUUUGUGUGAUUGGAAUUUUCACACAUGCUCAGAAAAUCUCGUACUUUUUCCGCCCACUUUGGGACAACCCCCCUCCUCCCUUCAAGCACCUGCCUCACUAUUAUGCAGAGAAUGUUUCAAUGGAACAUCUUUGUAACCUUCAUGGUUGGUCCCUACGUGCUGAGCCCCGCCGUGUUUUUGAUGGCAUCAUCUUCAGCAAUGAGGUAGACCUUCUUGAGAUCAGAUGGCGUGAUCUUCAUCCCUACAUUACUAAAUUUGUAAUCCUCGAGUCCAACACCACUUUCACAGGCAUUCCUAAACCCCUGUCCUUUGCCUCGAACCCAGGCCGGUAUGCAUUUGCUGAGGACAAGAUUGUCCAUGGUGUAUUUUCAGGCCGCACUGCUCCCCAUGGAUCAUAUGAAGACCCUUUUGUGCAGGAGUCAGAGCAACGGGCAGCUAUGAAUGGUUUGUUGCUCCGUGCAGGGAUUUCAAACGGUGACUUGCUUAUUAUGUCAGACACAGAUGAGAUUCCAAGCCCACACACUGUGAAACUACUACAGUGGUGUGAUGGAAUACCUCCUGUCAUGCAUCUAGAGCUAAGGCACUACAUGUACUCAUUUGAGUUCCCUGUAGAUUACAGUAGUUGGCGUGCCACAAUCCACAUUUAUGGUCCUUGGACCAGAUACAGGCAUUCACGCCAAACUGACAUUAUCUUUUCUGAUGCUGGAUGGCAUUGUAGCUUUUGCUUUCGACGACUUCAGGAAAUUGUGUUUAAGAUGACUGCUUAUAGCCACGCAGACAGAGUUAAAAGAAAUGAUUUUCUAGACUACUCUAGGAUUCAGAAACUCAUUUGCAGUGGGGAUGAUCUAUUUGAUAUGCUUCCAGAGGAGUACACAUUUCAGGAGUUGAUUAAGAAGAUGGGUUCAAUACCCCGAUCAGCUUCUGCCGUUCAUCUUCCAUCAUAUUUGAUAGAGAAUGCAGAUAAGUUUAGGUUUCUUCUUCCUGGGGGCUGUUUAAGAUCGCCAGAAUGAAGAUUUUCUGGUAAGCCCCAAAUAAUGAGCAGCAAAAUAUUUAGUAAAAGUGCAGUGUUCAAAUUUUCUUGCUUUCCAUUUUGGUAUUUAAAAUAGAAUUUGACAAGGGAAGUCAAGGUUAUAUCACCUCUUCAUUGUGUGUUGUAAUUGUAACUUGGGCUUUUGAAUGCAAGGCUAGUAGAUAAAUAUUUUUUUACCACA